AUGUCGGUAAAUUCAGGGAUACAGCCAACAGCAGCGCUAGCCAAAGAGUUUGAAGAGUCAAAUAGAUUCGAAUCAACGGUGCGCUGUUUGAAAGUUGAGAUUAUCGAUGAGCAGCUACGAUCAACCCAGUGCACAGAUAUAAGUGGUGAUGAGAAUGAGGAUUAUAAGAACUUAUACAAAGUACUAUCAAACAAUAUACCCGCAUUCCUAUUAUUCAAGCAGGAUAAUAAGAAGUUCAGAAUUAUACACUACGCGCCGGAAUCUGCUUCAAUUAAGCUCAAAAUGAUCUACUCGAGUUCACGCGCCAGCCUCGAAAAACAGCUUGGAUCACAGUUUUUUAUCAAAACUGACUUUAUUGACGAUAUAAAACAAUUCAGCGAAGAUGCUGAUGCUCCUACGCAUCCUUUCAAGGUUAUUCAAGAAGCUGAUAAGCCUUAUUCGGAGAAGGAAAGGCAGUUGAAUGAGAUCGAUGACCUCAUAAAGUCGUCUGGUAGUCUAUCCAAGGUUACUCAGUCUAUCAAGUUCAAUUGGAAUGAGGACGUCACUCAGGCACUAAACGAAAUUGUAAACAAUGAGCACAAUUUUGUGCAGUGUGGUAUUGAUAUGAAAACAGAGACUAUUAUCCUCGAAUCCAAGAAGAAUGUUGAGCUUGUGAAUGUCAGAGACAAUAUAUCCACAGACGAGCCAAGGUACACGCUAUACAAAAUGAAAGGCGGGGAUUAUAUCUUCAUUUACACGUGUCCACCCACUUCAAACAUCAAGUCGAGGAUGUUGUACAGUUCCUCUGCGACCAACUUCCCAAGCUCGAUACAGAGUACCUUCACUAUCGUUAUCAAGAAGAAAUUAGAAACGAAUGAUCCUGCCGAGUUAUCAGAUGUACAUAUCAACGCUGAGCUUAAUCCGACGAAGGCCUCGACAAUAACAGAAGAAAUCAAAUUCAGUAAGCCACGUGGCCCAGCGAACAGGAGAAGAGUUAUUUACAACUAA